AAAGGUGGUCUGUCGACAUUAGCUGUCGAGAGAAUUGAGCUGUUGGAGGAGGGUCAAGACGAAGUCUUGUGUGAGACGAAGAUCAGUUCAUCAGCAAGACGUCGAGGAGUUUUGGGCACGAUACGGCGACCGUUGAGAGUUCCAAAGACGAGUCCGUUCCCUCGUCCAUUCGUGAUCGGUUUAACUGGAGGUAUCGCUUCCGGCAAAUCAAAUGCCGCGAAAGUGUUGGCCAAAAAUGGCUGUCAAGUUGGUCUUAUGAUUGAUUUACAAUUGAAAAUAACAACACAAACGAAUUUGAAUUGUAAUUUACAAUCGCAAUUUAAAUUCGUUUUCGUGCACGUGAAAGCAUAG